UGAUUUUAAACAGUUAACGUCUCGUGAUCUACAAUGUUUUUAUACAGAUUAAUUUUCGCGGAGAGCACGUAAAGGCAACGUGUUGUAUACGUCAUCACGUCAGGCUGUUACCAUGGACACGGAGUCGUCACAACACUGCUGACGUUAGUUAGCUGAACAAAAAACACCGAUAAUUUCUUCAGGACUGGCUGAGUACAACUUUGAACAAUUUAUAUAUUUGAAUACAUAUCUAAAUCUCAAGAGCUGCACAUCUACAGUCACAGACUGAAAGAGAGGAGCAGAGAAGAGAUGAGGAUGGAAAAAGUUCUUCUCAGCAUCGUCGCCCUGUCAGGGCUGUGUGCUGUCUCAUCACCUGCUAAACGUCAGUACCAUUUUGUUUAUGACCUGAAGAACAUGACUGAAGCACAAAGUUACUGCAGAGAGAAAUACACAGACCUGGCCACUAUAGACAACAUGGAGGAUGUGAAGAUCCUGAACAACAUGGUGGAUUUAAAGAAAAUGGACUACCCACACCCACAACUCCCCCAUCGAGCCUGGAUAGGGCUGUACGAUGCCCGGGAGAACUGGAGGUGGUCACUGUCAGACACAAGUUUCUACAAACAAGGAGAAACGGAGUUCAGACGAUGGGGCUCUGGACAACCGAAAUACAUCGCAGUAACAGGAGUACGACACUGCACACGAAUGGAUAAUGGAGGAGUAUGGUUUAAUGCCGAAUGUGUAGACCGCAAUAAGGCAGUCUGCUUAUAUGUCAGAGGGCCGAAUGUGACAUUUAUCUUGAUCAACACCACCAUGACAUGGACUGAGGCCCAGACCUACUGCAGAGAUCGCUACACAGACCUGGCCAGUGUGAGAAACAUGACAGAUAACCAGAAGGUGCAGGAGCUGGUAUCUGCAGCAGGAGACAGCGUCUGGAUCGGCCUUUUCGCAGACUGGAAGUGGUCGGACGGAAGUAACUCCUCAUAUAGGAACUGGGCAACAGGACAGCCUAAUAACUACCAUGGGAGACAGACUUGUGUGGCUGCAGCUUUUAACGUUGGAAAUGUUGGAAAAUGGGAGGACUACCAGUGUCACGUCAAGAGAGCAUUCAUUUGCUACAGUCCACCUACGACAAAGCAAGUGAUAAAACUGAGUCUGCUGAAAGAGAACCCCUCUCUGGAUCUGAAUGACCCUGCUGUGAUGGAGAGCAUCUUGAAGCAGCUCAAACAGAGGCUGAAGGACCAGGGGGUGAAUGACGACAUCAAACUGAGCUGGAAGAAGCAGCCGGAUGGAAAAGUCUUCCACAAGGAGAAGAAGAAGGACAAAAAGGAUGAGCUUUAAUGUUGAAUUGCUCUGUCUGUUUUCAUCAGAGAAAAGUGAAUUUCUUUCCUCAAAGUCCUCAUGUAACGGGUCAGAAUAGAGCUGCAAACAAUUAGCUGAUUAAUCAAUUGGUCGCGACUAUUUUGAAAAUCAAUGAAUGCUUUUAGUCAUUUUCCAAAUGCCCAAAUAUUUGCUGCUUUCAGCUUCUCAUAAAUGAAUAUUUUAUGCUUUUCUUUGUCAUUUAUGGUCAUAAACUUAAUGUCGUUGGUCUUUAGACUGUUGGUCGAUUAAAACGAGACAUUUGAAAUAAUAU